AUGGUGGCAGGGAUGACACCAUUCCUGAAUCAGAAAGUUCCGAGCGGUUAUUGUGAAACAGAUCAACAAGUCCAGGGUCGUUGUGUGAAGAUAUCAGAAUGCGCUGAGAAGGGCGAUGGCGUUGAUUUGUCCAAAAUGGACGUCUAUAGAACCUCUACCUGUCACUACCUGAAAAAAUGCUGUCCUCUAGACGAAAUAAUAACAACGACGGAGCCACCACCAGUCGCCAAAACCAACGGUUGUGGGUAUAGCAACCCAUCACCCUUCGUCUUCCUGAAGAAGUCGUUUACCCAUGCUGACUUCGGAGAGUAUCCUUGGAUGGUUGCAUUACUAAGAAAAGAUGGUGAAGAUUGGAGACAAAGUGACUACUUGGGUGGUGGAUCACUAAUACACAAAUCCGUUGUAAUAACUGCAGCUCAUAAAGUUCAUACGCUGAAGGCAAAUCAGGUAAAAUGUCGUGCUGGUGAAUGGGACACUAAAACGACUAACGAGGCGUAUCCACACCAGGAACGAGACGUUAAAGAUAUAGUGAUACAUUCAGAUUUUAACAGACGUCAGUUCAAAAACAACGUGGCAUUGUUAAUAUUGCAAUCGCCAUUCGACCUGUCCGUACCUCACAUUGGUACCGCGUGUUUGGAGAGCAAAAUGCCCCCACCUGGGACCGAGUGCUACAGCAUGGGGUGGGGCCAAAAGGACUUUAAUAAGGACGAGUAUGCUGUCAUUUUGAAAAAAAUAUCAUCACCUCUAUUGGAUAAGUCUGUAUGUGAAAGGGCAUUCCGACCUAUUGUAGGAUCUGCCUAUACUAUGGAUGACUCCAUGACAUGCGCAGGAGGAGUUCCCGGUAUAAGUAAUUGUAAGGGAGAUGGUGGAUCACCCCUUAUAUGCCCUGUACCCUCAUCUGAAGGCACUCGGUACGCUGUGGUGGGAUUGGUCGUUUUGGGACACAAAUGUGAUGUGAAUGGUUUUCCGGUCGCCUUCACGAAAGUGCCACAGGUGUACAACUGGAUAGAAGAUAUUAUGAAGACCAAGAAUUACGAUACCACCUCCUUCGAAUACUAA